AUGGAAUCAACGCAGUUACCCGUCGAUGCUAUUCUGCAGAAACACAACGAUGUUCUCGAAGUGCACCGACAAUUCCUCCGAUCAGUCAAGAGUCAUGCCGAUAAGGCUUCGGAAGCCGAAGAGCUCCUUAACCUCUGCACGGCGCAGACCGACGCGAUGGUGAAUGCACUCCAGCACUGCAAGAGCAAAAUGAACAUAUCGCAGGCUGCGAAUCUGCCUACGAAGAAGCCCACCGGUGAUACAAUCCCUACGAAUGAGGGUCCUACACCCCUCAUAGCCACCGACGAGGGUCAGCAGGUAGAUCCUUCCGGCUUCUUCAUGACAGACACUAUGCCUACACCAAUCGAAGAACUGCUUCGUGGUGAUCCAUCUCGAGCGAAGACAAUGCCUACCAGAGUCAAGCGCAAGUCUGCGGACGAUGAGAUGUCAGGGACGGAAGAUUUCAAGGCCCCAACAGUCGGUGCUUCACGCAAGAAGGCCAGAGUGACUGGCAGUAUGGACCGAAAGCCCAACCAAGAGAACAAAAUGCCGGACAAGACGAUGAAUGAAAUUACCCAGGUGCCGCUGGCCGAUGACGACUUUGUUCGUGAGGUGGAGAAGCGCCUAGCCAACAAGGAGCGACGUCGACGGGAGAAGAAGGACAAGAAGAGGAAGCGUGAGAGCGGUGGCUCUGAUGCUCCUCGAGCCCAUGCCCAGGAUGCGGACGGUAUGAGCGGUAUGACGGUGGACAAGCCAAAGAGAAAGAAGGCGAAGACUCGUACUAACACGACUGCCUCCGAGACAUCCCACAGUACGCCGUUCACAUCGGUCUCCCAAACUCGACAAGUCACACCCAAGCAAGAUCCUAACAAGAAGCGAUCAAGUCCCGCCACCGAGUACAUUGGUUCGAUUUUGUCAAAUGCAGAGAUGAUGCGAGCAAAGCGACGGAAAACCUGA